AUGGAGCCCCACCAUCUUGCUGGGAAGAGUGGCCAGGCAGCCUGGGGUGAUGCUGCAGACUGGAGCUCAGGAGGGCCUCCAGCUGACCAGGCAGAUGCAGCAGCCACCAGAGCUGCUCUCUGCUGCCAGAGACACUGCACAGCCACGCCAAGGGCAGCCGAGGUGGACGGCUUGAAACUUGGUCUUUCUCCAGCCUCUCCCUCCUCCUCUCUGCAAGACAGUGUGCUCCAGCCAGACUCCUUCCCACCAGGCCCUCUCAGCUCAGGGAACCACCAAACAGCAGAACGGACAGUCUGCAAUUGCUGCAGCCAGGAGCUAGAAACUUCUUUUACCUACGUGGACGAGAACGUUAACCUGGAGCAGAGGGACCGGAGCUCCCCUUCAGCGAAAGGAUUGAGUCAUCACCAAGGAGACCUUGGCUGGGGAAAUCCCAACGAGUGGCCCCACGAAGCUGCCAUAUCCUUGAUAUCCGACGAUGAAGAAGACACAAGUUCGGAGGCCACGUCUUCGGGCAAGUCCAUAGACUAUGGUUUCGUCAGCGCCAUCCUGUUCCUGGUCACUGGCAUCUUGCUGGUGAUCAUCUCUUACAUCGUCCCGCGGGAAGUGACUGUGGAUCCCAGCAGCGUGGCGGCCCGGGAGAUGGAGCGGCUGGAGAAGGAGAGCGCCAGGCUGGGGGCGCAUCUGGACCGCUGUGUGAUCGCGGGGCUCUGCCUGCUCACUCUUGGGGGCGUCGUUCUGUCCUGUUUGCUCAUGAUGUCCAUGUGGAAGGGGGAGCUGUACCGUCGCAACAGGUUUGCCUCUUCCAAAGAAUCUGCAAAACUCUACGGUUCUUUCAGCUUCAGGGUGAAAACCAGCAGCCAUGACAACGCCUUGGAGCUGUCCUUGGUAGAGGAAGAUGCUCUGGCUGCACAGAGUUGA